AUGGAUCAUGAUGAAGAUGGCUACAUCUACGAUGACCAUCGAGCAGCGUUCAUCUUUGGCCAAGAUGGCGAGACUGACCGGGUCUCACGCCCGGCGAAACGGAGGAGGAUCUCUGGAAAGGCGGUCUCGGUGAAUGCUAAAGAUGGCGUUCGUUCGCAACCCAUUUCGGAAUUUGUGCCACUGCUCCAUGGCGUGGAAGACCCCGAAUUUGUGAGCUUGAGGCAGGCGUUGUAUGCCGAUGCCUGGACUGCCAUCGACGCGAGAAUACAGCAUGUACUUAAGGAGUCAAAUCGAAGCACGUUGGACGCAGUUGCAUCAUUCGUCAGCGAGGCUCCGGGCGAAGAGCAUUCUCAAAUGCCCACGGCGCUCAUCGUCACUGGGCCGAAUAUCUCCUCCCAGGAACUAUUGUUCGAGCAACUGGCUGAGAGCCUGGAGGAUUCGGUCCAGGGCGCGUUUGUCAGGCUCCGAUCGGCAGAAGCCCCCAAUUUGAAGGCGACGCUGAAGAAGAUUAUCCGCGAUGUUACGCGGCGGUCCUCCGAGCAUGAGGGAGAUGAUGCCGAGCUGUCUGUGGGAAGGGAUGGUCGGAAAUACCUUGAUUAUGACCUGGAAUCGCUUCAUGCUCACGUCAAACACCAUGAGGCAAAACAAGUCAUUGUUGCUUUCCAAGAUAGUGAGGGAUUUGAUACGGGACUCUUGUCCGAGUUGAUCACACUUUUCAAGUAUGGCAUUCACUGCUCGACUAUCCAUGAGGACCUGCCACUGACACAUAAUUUCAGCUCAUGGAGCGAUAGGCUCCCAUUUACCUUGCUUUUCGGCAUCGCGACCUCGGUCGAGCUGUUCCAGGCCCGGCUGCCCAAGUCGACCAGCCAACAUCUCUACGGCGCCCAAUUCGACGUCGUGCAAAUGUCUUCGGUCCUCGAGAACAUAUUCAAGGGUGCUGUAGCUCAUGGCGCCAAUCCCUUGAUCAUCGGUCCUGCUCUACUUCGCGACUUGAUCGCGCGGCAGCAGAGCCAAGUUGCCGGGAUACAAGUUUUCAUGAAUUCAUUAAAGUAUGCUUAUAUGUGCCACUUUUACGCCAAUCCUUUAUCGGUCCUGCUUUCGGAGAUCAAGCCACAGCCUGAGCACCUUGAGGCGCUUCGCAAUCUUCCAUCUUUCCGGUCCCAUAUCGAGGACGCUCUUGAAGCCGGAAGACUCAAGCACGUACGACUGAUGCUGGAUGACGAUGCCUAUCUUCUGGCCGAGCAGCAAAGGACAGCCGUUAAAGGUACAGCUAAAUGGGAAACACAGCUUCUGAGGUCGUUGUCACUGCUCGAGGCCAGUGGGCUCCUCCAGGAAAACUUCAUCGCUACGUACACAAACGCUCUUUGUGACGGCAUUAAUCUGCAUUCCGAGGGCUGGAGCGCUCUCGACACGGUCAAGAGGAGGUCCGCUGACGAUAUUUCGGCGCUUUUACAUCGUCUUCUGGACACAGUCCGGAGCGGCAACCGGGAGCUUGGCAUGUCAGGAUGGGCCACCGAAGACAAGAAAGUCGUGCACACUCUUUCCGGCUUGCUAGAGCGUCUCGCUUCUCUGCAAUCCCAAUCGCAGCUGACGGGGAAGCCCUUACGCAGCCAGUACAGUGCCCAAACCAAACUGCUCAGAACCACGGUCGUGGCACAGAAGGUACAGUUGAGCCAGAAAGAGACAAGCUUGUCAAAUGAAGACAAAGCUUUCACAGGAUUAAUUGAUGACCUCGUUGAGUUCCUGGCUGCGGAGACAUUAUGCCAGCCGGCGGAUGCAAUCCUCUUUCACGAAUUAUGGAUGUACGAGUCCACAUCACCUCACAGGAACGUCUUCAUUCCACGGCCAGGGACUAUUUUCGAACGCGCUCUCUCGAGACCGCACGACUACCUGGCCUGCAACUGCUGUAGCGGAACCGAAGAUGGAAACGCCUCGACUCUGCCGGCGACGUCAAUACUGUACCACCUGUACGGAGAGGCGGGAGCGCUGAUUAAUGUAGCUGAUUUGUGGUCCGCCUUCUAUGCGCUCGUUGGCUGCUCUAACGACGAGGAUGGCGACCCGAAAUCAAGACCGAAAUCCAAAUCGGCCGAAUCACGCAACGAAGACGGCCUUGACGAACGCACCGCGUUGGUGCUCUUCUACCAGGGGCUGGCAGAACUGAAGGCCAUGGGUUUUGUCAAGCCGACUAAGAAGAGAGCGGACCACAUUGCUAGACUGAAAUGGCUGUGA